UUUAUUCGAUUUACGGCAUCCCGCCAUUUUAUUUAUCGGGGACGACAGCAGACCACACGCAUUUUAACUUUGUCGCCGCACGGAGAGAGUUCCCUGCGCAAUUCGCUUUUAAGUUAUUACUUGUGUACUUUUGCUGUAGUAUUUUCUCGGCCUGACGUCCAUAUAUCGGUCGUUUCUUCCUCUAGUGUAUGGUCUGACAUUGGUCAAGACUCUGGAGGAGACAGGUGCAAGAUGACGCAGUUUUUACCUCCGAACCUGCUGGCCCUCUUUGCACCGCGGGACCCUAUACCAUUCCUUCCACAGCUAGAGAAGCUGCCCCAUGAGAAACAUCAUAACCAACCAUAUAGUGGCAUCGCACCCUUCAUCAGGCACUUCGAGGACCCGAGAGAUGCACCUCCACCGACGAGGGCUGAGACCCGUGAGGAGCGCCUGGAGAGAAAGAGGCGAGAGAAGAUUGAGAGGAGACAAGCAGUGGUUGAGACAGAACUCAAGCUUUGGGAUCCCCAUAAUGACCCCAAUGCACAAGGGGAUGCCUUCAAAACAUUGUUUGUAGCACGAGUGAACUAUGAUACUACAGAGUCCAAGCUUCGUCGAGAGUUUGAGGUCUAUGGACCCAUCAAACGGAUUUACAUUGUUUACAACAAGAGGACGGGGAAGCCUCGGGGCUAUGCAUUCAUUGAAUAUGAGCAUGAACGAGACAUGCACUCUGCCUACAAACAUGCAGACGGGAAGAAGAUCGAUGGUAGAAGGGUGUUGGUGGACGUGGAACGAGGACGCACGGUCAAAGGAUGGCAUCCUCGCAGGCUAGGUGGUGGAUUGGGUGGCACUAGGAGAGGUGGAGCUGACGUUAAUAUCAAGCACUCUGGACGAGAUGAUGCAUCCCGUUAUGAUGAUCGUCCCCUGGGCGGUGAUCGGGAACGUGGAGAACGGAGGGAGCGCAGUCGGGAGCGUGACCGGGACAAGGACAGAGAGCGCAGAAGGUCCCGGUCUCGCGAACGCCGUCGUCGUACCCGUUCCCGGGAGCGAGAGAGGGAGAGAGAGAGGCCGCUUGGAGGAGGAGACGAGGUCACCCCUACUAGUCGGCGUCGUGAGCGAGAGAGGGAGCGUGGGGGGGCAGCGGGAGGAGACAGCAGGAGUAGGGAGAGGAGUAGAGAACGUAAGAGAAGGAGCAGGAGCCGUGACCGCAAGAGAGACAGGGAGAGGGGCAAGGGGCUGGAUGGAGAGGAGGUCGGCCAGGGCGAUGGAGUCCCUGAAGGUGGUGAGCGGCUGCUGGAGGAGCAUGAAGGAGAAGUGGGUGAGGGCAUGGAGGAGCGUAGGGACAGGGACAGAGAAAGGGACAGAGACCGCAGGCGCAGCCACAGGGACAAAGACAGGCGCAGGGGAGACCGGGACAGAGAUAGGGAGCACAAGAGGGAGCGGGGGGAGAGAGAUAGGGGGGACCGCAGAGAGGAUCGCCACAGCUCCCUACGAGAUGACACUGGCCCCCAAGAUGACAUGGGCAAUGAGGAUGAGGGGGGAGCCCCACCAAACAUGGAGGAGUACAGUCAGGACGGGAUGAUGAUGGACCAGCAGUCAGUGCCAUCUGCGGAUGGCUAUGUCUCCAGUGAGAAUGGCUACAAGAUGGAGGCACCAGGAGAUGAAUACUGAGAUAGUCCUUCACCCAGCAUACUCCCAUUUAUGAAUAAGUCAUUUCAUACUAUACUUAAAUGUGGUGCAACUGUUUGCCAAGGUUCAGGAAGCUUGGAUAGUGUCAGGGCUUCCUCAGUACCAGACACCUAGCUAGUUUGUUUUUUGUCUUGUUCAGGAAUCAGCUGGAAAACUUUAUCAUUGCUUGCACCAUUGAUGCAUAAAACUGAUUUGAUCUCACUGAAAUUGCAGAUUUCCUACAUUGCCCAACUAAUCCUUUUUUUUAUUAUUUGAGUGAUUCAGGCUAGGUAUGUUUUUUUUUUUUUCUUUCUCUCCCACAUGGCUUGGGAUGAAGUGUAAAAAUAUGAGUUCUGUUUGUCUUUGGAUUUUUUUUUUAAUUUCAAGCUUAUAAAGCAGGUAGAUUUAUGCUCAUUUGGAUCCAGUGACCAAUUUCUGCUUAAUGUAUGUGAAACUGAAGGUAAUGUAGAUGUGAUAAUUGAGGGCUGUUCUGUUUAUUCAUUUUGGAAUAAAACACUUUUAAAUGAU